AAAAUAAAAGAAAAUAUAUUCAAGUGAAGCGCGAACAGUCAGGCGUGGUUUGUGGUGUUCGAGUGAGUCGUCGUGAUUCAGACCGGAUGAGUCGAGCGCAGAUUGAAUCGUUUGUCAUUUCUACAGUAUGGCGGAGGACAAGGAUCCGGUGACUCGACUGAAGGAUUUGGUUGAGCUCAAAGACCAGCUGGAGGAGAUCCAGAAGAAGGUGGAGAAUGAGGUUCAAGCUGGAGUUCCUCAGGGUGGCUCACUGUUAGCAUCUCCUUUCCUGAAAGGAUUCCUGGCCGGGUGUGUGGUUUCCAGACUGCGUUCCUCAGCCGUCCUGGGAGUGGCUUUGGGAACCUUGACAGGAAUCCACGCCGCUCAGAACUACGAGGUGCCCAACAUCGAGACAAGCCUACGAGACUUCCUGAACUCUCUGAAGAAAGGACCGAGUGAUUAAGAGUUCGUUAGCAACCUGAUUCAGACUGAAGAGGAACACAUGCGUCAUUGCUGCUUGCUUUUGUGUAAUUCAGCUCACAUCGGAGCGCCUUCCCUGAUGAAUUAG